GCGGGGCCGGGGCGCCGACCCCUCCCCGCACAGCCCGCGCCCCUCGCAGCCUGCUGCGCCCCUCCUCGGCGCCGCCGGCCCCAUGGAGCUCAGCUGCGGUGUGGGGGGCGGCGCGGCGGCGGCUCCAGCGGGGCCCGGGCCGCCCCCCGCCGCUGUCGCCGCCGUUCCCCCCGCCAUGGAGGGCGAUGAGUACGAGAGUCUGCCCAGCGGCGCCUCGCUCGGGACGCACAUGAUGGCCGGGGCCGUGGCGGGCAUCAUGGAGCACAGCGUCAUGUACCCGGUGGACUCGGUCAAGACCAGGAUGCAGAGCUUGCAGCCGGACCCCAAAGCCCAGUACAGGAGCGUGUACGAAGCUCUGAAGAAGAUUGUCCUUACAGAGGGUUUCUGGAGGCCUUUACGUGGGAUUAAUGUCACCAUGCUGGGGGCUGGCCCUGCCCAUGCAAUGUACUUUGCCUGCUAUGAAAAGAUGAAGAAGUCCCUAAGUGAUGCUCUGCAGCAUGGAGGAAACAGCCACUUGGCCAAUGGUGUAGCUGGGAGUGUGGCCACUCUGCUCCAUGAUGCAGUGAUGAAUCCUGCUGAAGUGGUGAAGCAGAGGAUGCAGAUGUUCAACUCUCCCUACCCAUCGGUGCUGGCGUGCGUGAGGACAGUGCAGAGGACAGAGGGCUUUGGUGCCUUCUACCGCAGCUACACCACCCAGCUCACCAUGAACAUCCCCUUCCAGGCCAUUCACUUCAUCACCUAUGAGUUCAUGCAGGAGCAAAUCAACCCCCACAGGGCCUAUAACCCCAGGUCCCACAUCAUCUCUGGUGCCGUGGCGGGAGCCGUGGCCGCCGCUGCCACCACGCCGCUGGACGUCUGCAAGACCCUGCUCAACACCCAGGAGAACGUGGCCUUGAGUUCUGUCAACAUCAGUGGCCAUCUGUCUGGCAUGCUGAAUGCCUUCAAGACUGUGUAUCAGCUGGGGGGUGUCUGGGGGUAUUUCAGAGGGGUGCAGGCACGGGUCAUCUACCAGAUGCCUUCCACAGCCAUCGCCUGGUCGGUCUAUGAGUUCUUCAAGUACUUGCUCACAAAGCACAAGCUGGAGAAAAGAACAUCUUUGUGAAAAGACAUCCUGAGAGUGAGUGCAAGCCUCAGUGUCCCCUCUGUGUGUGUGUGUGUUUGUGUGUGUGUGUGUGUGCCAGCUCUUCAUCUCUACAAAGGAAGAUGCCACAUCUCUGCUGCUGUGGCCACUUCCCCCUCCUCUCCAGGGAAGGAUGGCUCAGUGUGGUCCUCAGCCACCUCUUUGCUUAAGCAAUGACAUAGUUUAUAAAAGACUUCUAAUAUAUAUAUAUAUCUAUAUAUUUAAUAACUUUAUUAAGGAGAAGUGAGAUUGCUGACUGAUAUUUUCCUUGGAUUAAGUUUGAAGCUGUAGUUGACUCCUCACCACAAGCCUUAGGUUAUCCAGCCUAGGAUGGGCUCUCUUUUGUCUCUUACAGCAAAGAAGCAAAAGAUCCUGUCACAGAGCUUUAACUUUUUAUAUAAAUAUGAGAUAGAUGGAUAAUGUUUAUCCUUUAUUUUUCUAUGUAGACAUUUGGGGGGGGUGUUUUGUUUUAUGUACAGCUAGGUGCUGUUUCAAAAGGGCUCAAUUCUUCCACCCUCUGUAGGGAAGACACAGAAGCAUUUAUUUUUCUAGCCAGAUUGGCUUUGUUUGUACAGCAUUUGGCCCCCAAACAGUGGCUUGGGUCCUUGUCUGGGUGGCAAGGUACUUGGUUUAGCCCCUUGGAGACUUGCUGGGAUGGGGAAAGGGAGAAGGAAUGGGGGGGAAACUGGGACACCAAGGAGAAGCACUGUAAAACCCCUGCUCACUUGGCUGGGGAGAGGGGGAAAAUGAUCAGUUUUGUACAAGGAGACUCUAAGGAAAAACAACAAAAAGAGUGAGUUUUAUAGUUCUCUUGUUUUGUAAACACUUGUAUAAAGGUACAUUGUUAUGGUGUGUCAUAGCUGAGCAGCCUUCAUCCUCCCUUUGUUUACUCAUCUGUGUUUAUCACCGAGGCCCCUGCUUAGAGGAGUGACCCUGCACACCUCAGGAGCUGCUGGGGUUGAGGUGAGGUGUGUGGGAGCUGCUUUGCUCCCUGGGGAUCACCUGAAGCUUCUGUUUACAGUUUGGCUACAGAGAUGCAAGGAUGGCAUCCUGCCAGCACCAAACCACCAGCAGGCAGAGGGGGGAAAAAAGACCUUGGGGAAAGUCCUUCCUGCAGAACCAAAGCCACUUCCCAGCCCAGCUGCUGUUCAUCUCUGCUGGGAAGGAAACCCAAGUGACCUAGAGAGGUUCCUGGUGCUGUGCUCUUGGUUUUGCUGCUGGGGGAUGCUGUGCAUCGUGGUGGCCAGUGAAGCUGUGCCUGCUCAGGGAGGGUGGGAGCCCUAUUUCUGCUCAAGAAUGGCUCUUCCAAACCAAAAUGCAUCCUUUAGUUGGGUCAGCAGCAGCUGCUGAGGGAUUUUAGGGGCCUGGAUGUGUAAAAAGAAGUUACAGGGCACCAGCUGGCAAAUCUUCAUCCUCCCUGGAACUUGCUGUGCCCAGCAGCAGCUGAUGUCUUGAACUGACACUGUCUCCUUUCUGCAGCUAUGAAGAAGUUGCCUCAGGUUGCUGUUGCCUCCAGGAGGGGGCUGUGGGGGGGUGUCUGUGUGGGAGCUGCAAUGUGAGGAGCAGCUUUUGGGCUGCCACACAUCACUGGAGGUGACAUGUAGGGUGACACUGAGCAAAGUCAAUCCUUUUGCCCCCAUUGUUUGGAGAAGGUAAAUCAAGGAGCACCAGGGUGAGUGUUACAUGUGCCUUGUGUAAAUUAACCUCUCACCACUGAUGAUGCUGAAAUGAGUGUCCUGAGGCCUUUUUAUCCCCCCCUCCACACUUGAACUGACCAAAUCUCACUGUGUCAAAUGCACCCUGGGUCUUAAAAGUGUCAAAACUGGAAGCUGGAGGACACUGGUCUUGGUGAUGCAGCUGGAGCAAGUCCUCACUCAUCUCCCUGUGCCCACAGAGCUCCUCCAAGCUGGAGGGAGUUCUCUGCUGCCUCUAAACCUGAGAUGCCUUUUUCUAUUGACCUGAGAAACUGGAGGCUCCCUAACAGGAGCCAGAACUGCACAGGGUAUUUCCACUGGGGCUGGGCAUGAACACUUAGGUGAAAAUGUUGGGUCACUUUAACAUUAAAGAGGCCAAAGUGUAGCAUAAGCUGGAAGGCAACAGCUUUCAGUGUGACUGCAGUGAGUCAGGCUCAGUGUGUGGUUCCCAGUGCAUCAUCCUCUGGCUGUUUUAGCUUUAAUAGUUGUGACUUGACUUGGGCUCUUCUGGGAGAAGUCCAGCUCCCAUUUGGAGUAACCUGUGAGUAGCUGGGAUAGAGCUGGAGGGGGGUGGUGGUGGGGCAUCAUCCUUGGAGGGGGAAGUAGCAUCCCACUGGGGCUGGGAUGCCAGAGCAGGUCUGGGAACCAUGUCUGAGUGUGGAGCACAAAUAAUGACCAGCCAGGUUCUCUCAGGAGCUUGCAGUGCCUCGAGCUGAGAGCUGCCAGGCAGCACUUGUGUGCCUCCAGAGCUCUUCACACCUUACUCUGAGUUACUUGAUCCCAUGCUGGGGUAUUGGCCUGAGAAUCAGAGACCUCUCUCAGGUGUUUAAAGCAUUCCCUGCUGUGUGUCAUGCUGCAUGCCCAGCUGCAAACCCUUUCCCUGAAGCCCCUUUCAUUGUUCUUGCUCUGUUGGGCACUGCCUCAGUGUCAUGUUUCUUUCCAUGUGUGUUUGAGCAAUGCAAGAGUUCAUUGGUGAAAUGCUGCUACAGUUGUACCACUGGAGCUCAAGGAAAUAAAAGAUCCUCAUCUUUGUUUUGGUC